AUGACCUGGACAAUAACGGUGACAAUGGGAGAGACUGGGAGUGCUGUAAAACAGUGUGGGGCCAUGCUGGAGAGUAGGGAUGGGUUGUGGGGGACAGUUGAGGGCAUGUGGAGGCAGGAAAGGGCAGGAAGAAUCAGGCAGGAUGGCAGGAGGAAGAUCAGGAUGCUGACAGCCAAUGAUGAUGUCAACAAGCAUGCCCUUUCAGACUUCGAUGGACAAAUACCCUGCCAUCACCAUGUGCCUGCCCACCAUCCCGACGCCUGCCCAUUUCACCCUGUACCACCCCCUACUGGGCCAAGUAUCUCUCAAUGGCCUCACCACUCACUGCUGCGGUGUAUCGGUAUUUUGGAGGGGUUAAAUACUGUGAAGGAUUUGGUGCUGGAUUUAGAGGGUAAAUCCCAGGCACCAAAACCGGCACCAAAACACAAUUUAGUCAUGCAGAUUUGUGUGGGAAUAACAUAUGGAUUUGAGUCAGGUAUUUAG